CUGUACCAGAUCAAACCUGUCACUGAAGCUAAAGAAGGACCUAUCGAGCGUCUCACCUGACAAACUCAUCAAAUGGGCCCUGUUGCUUAGCGUUUACUCGCCUUGUCUUCCGACCGUCAUCCUGAAUCGCAGUUGGUGUUCCUUCCACAUCACCGUAGGCUACACCAUAUUUAAAAGUUCUUUAUCAUAGUAUGAAUAUCAUUAGACGGAGAAGUAGGCUAUCAAAUUUCAUUUACACGUCCUCUACCAGAAAAGGGUUGUUGUGAGAAUUUCCAUCUUUGCAAGGUUGACGUGUAAAUUUUGAAGAAAAAUGGCAGCAAUUCCAUCCAGCGGAUCUCUCAUCGCCACCCAUGACUACUACCGAAGGCGCAUAGGAUCAACAUCUAGCAACAGUUCCUGUGGCAGUUCGGAGUAUUCAGGGGAGGUCAUUCCUCACCCACCAGGUGUAGCCAGACAAGACUCAGGUCACUGGUGGUCUUCCUUCUUCUUUGCAAAGGGCCAGCCUGGAAUGCCCAGCGGCACCGACUCAAAGAAGGACGGGACCUACACCGUAUCCAAUGGGCAGGUGACCUGCAUAGCCAGGGAGAUGGUGCUGAAGAGGCAGUCCAGCGAAACCAGCGACUCUGGGAAGGCGGAAGCAGGAACUUCCCCCUCCCCCUGAGCCCACCACCCAAACACCACCCCUACCCCUCCCCACACCUCCCCAUCCCACCCGGGCCUGGAACUCCUAACCCACCCUGCUCCUGUUCUAGCCCGACCCCAAGCUUGACCCCCCUAACCUCAUCCAUCCGUCAACCCCCAGAUGCCAUCUCAGGAAGAUACAGGCGUUGGUGGCUCUGUUUUAAAUAUUAGCUUUUUUUACUCUGUAGAUAGACUGUUGUAAAACUAUUUGUAAGUAUUUUUCCUUGGUUUUUUAAUUACUAUAUAAUAAAAUGUGAAAGAGGCCAAAAAGUUGUCAUUUUGUGGCUUGAAGCCUGUAGAGCAUAAUCCUGUUUGUUACUGUGCUCUCAUUGUCAUCAUGUUUGCAUUGAAUAAAGUUGCUUUUGAAGCUUC